AUGCCGAAGAUCAGGACAUCCCGGACGAAGCCUCCACCAGAGGGAUACGAGGACAUAGCGGAUGUGCUCGAAGACUAUGAGAAGAAGAUGAGGGAUGCGGAGAAUGAGUCGCAUGAGGGCAAGCGGAAGGCCGAGUCUGUCUGGCCAAUAAUGCGUAUAUCCCACGCAAGAUCACGAUACAUAUACGACCUCUACUACAAGCGGGAAUUGAUAUCGAGGGAGCUGUACGACUGGCUCAUCAAGCAAAAAUACGCAGACGCGGAUCUGAUAGCAAAGUGGAAGAAGCAAGGAUACGAGAAGCUCUGCUGUGUCAGGUGUAUCCAAACGAGGGAUAUGAACUUCCAGGGGUCGACGUGUAUCUGCAGAGUACCCAAGGCGGUGUUGAAGAAGGGGACGGUCGUUGAAUGCCCACAUUGCGGCUGCAGAGGGUGUUCCUCUGGUGAUUAG